UAUCCAAUGUUCGUGUUUACUAAACUAAACAGGUAAGUAAAUCCAUAAAAUUAGAGGAGUGUUUUCACGUGGAAAACCUCGUGCUCAAUUUGUGUUAAUGAAUGUUAGGACAGUCAUAUAGUCUUACUUUUUAGUGAUGCCGGUUUUGUUGAUGUUUUGAAAUGUGUGGCUUGUUUUAGUUUAGGAACAUCGCUUUUCAAUUGUAGCAGAAUAUAUAGACAUCUCAGUUGUGACCAUUUUGAGCAACACGGUCUUCCGUUGACCAGCGGGAAGAGCUGCCAAGCUUUCAUAUGCAACUGGAUAAUGACUUUCGCUUGGGAGCCAAGUAAAGCAUUUUCCAGUUUACGAAAAAAACCUCGUUGUUUCACUCUCCUCGUUACAUUAUAGAGGUCAUCAUGAAUGAAAGAACCAUCCUUUAAGCGAGAAGAAACCUAAAAAGUUGUUGAUAAGGCAAUAUGGGCCACAAAAGUACCGGUUUUCGAUCAAAAGUCUGCUUCAAUUUCGCGACACUUCGCUGGCCGCCAUAUUUGUUUCGUAGGUCGAAGGCCGCUUGUGAAAUGUAAAUGAUCCCAUGGGAAUCUCACUCUUCGUGAAUGAAUAACCCAUUUGGUUUUUCCGGCCGAGUGAACAAACCAAUGAGAAGCUUAGAAAGCGGCGUGUUUAUUCAUACUCGCGAAGAAGAUAAAGUUGAAGGCUAACUUCAAAGCGGUUAGUUUGGUAGGCCUUGUUUUCACGGACAUUGCGUGAAUCGCAUUGCACACUCGUGUUCGGUACCUGUUGGACGAUCAAAUGUCAAAUGCGUACAAACGCCGGUUAAAUAUAGCGAAUCUGGCGGCAGAAUCUUGAUCAGGAGACUUGCCCUGGGGAUUUAUGGAGUUAUGGAGGAUAUAGAAGCACCGAAUAAGAAGCGGAAACUAGAAGGUGGAGGUGGGCCUUCAACGGAAAACCACUUGACUAACGGAGAAACGUCUGUUCGAACGAGUGAUGCAGCAACCAGUAGGGCUCAAUCCCAUCUCCAGUUUAAUACGACCGGGCUAGAGCGACUCCGUCAAAUUACAAAAGCAUGUCAGAAGAAGAACUUUUUGCCUGCACCCAAACCUAACGGCAGCAAAUUACCGCUCAGCACAGGGGCCAAGAAGGUUGUUACUCCAGAAAAAAACUCUUCGAAGGAACCACGAAGUCCUGACUUUAUCAUAUCGUCCGCUGGUUCAUCGCCGGCUCGUUCACCUCAACCAAUGGAUUUCAAUGUGUUGUCCACGCCCCCACGGUCUAGUAAACCAAAUGAGAUGGCAAGUAGUGUCAAUGAGACUGCCGAACUGAACUCUAGUGAUCGUCAAAAGGCGUGUAGUAGUCUUAUUAAACGGUUCGAAGAAUCUUCCAGUAAAACACUUUCUAACGGAGUCUGUUCAGAUUCGAGAACUUCAGAGCAGGACUUUUCUUCAGUUGAAGUUUUAGAAGAAGGUGAUCAAGCGCGUCCUUUGGAUUCAACUGCCCUCCAUGUAAAUGGCCCAGUCGGCUCAUCGGCUGGCAAUAAAGAUCAUGUGAAUGUUUCCACCAAGGAGCGAAACUCACCGGCCUUAUCAGACCUGGUUCCCAGAGUGAACGUUUCCCAGAGUGAUCGCUUCAACUUUAAUUCAGAUGAAUUUCGACAAAUGCUAAAGAAAAUGAUCGAAGAGAGAAUGGCUCAAAUCGAGCGUUCAAUGGGUAAUGGCAAACCGAACGACAAGCUCGUGGACAGAUUGGUUUCACUAGAGAAGGAGAACAAAGCUCUUAAAGAAUACGCCAAGAGAGUCGAGGAUUCGGUGAAAAACAUCUUAAAUGCUGAGAAGGAGAAAGCAAAGCUGAAAGUAACGCAAGCAGUUCAAACUCAAGAUCCCAGCUGGUUCAACCCUCAAGUGCGCACAAAGACUGUAGCAUCCACGUCUUCCCCGGGUAGUGUAACAGCUACCAGGCCUUCGGCUCCCGGCGUCAACGUUAUGACUACACCCACACCACGGCUCACCUCCACUGUAGCACCCCUACCGGGCCAUACCAUGCCCUCUCGACUUGAAGGUGUGUCGCAAUCCUCUCCAGUAAACUUCCGUCAUGCAGCGCAACGGCAACAGCCUGAGGCUCUGCAUCCCCGCUUUCCAGUUUCGUCCAACACUCCACCUCAUGCACAGGCAUCUGUCGCAACAGGCGCGACGUAUGUUCCCAAUUAUGACCCUGGAUCAGCGGCGAGACCAACACCGAGCCAACCAGCAAUGCUAAAGGCUGCUACUCCAACGCCGAACUUCCCUCCUUCGGCUCACCCUCGGUUUAACGGCGUAAGGAACGCCCCGCCAGCUGUUCAACCUCCCAGGCCAAUGUCAAGAGUACAGGGGCCCGUUAGCAGCCUUGCUGGAGCAAGAAACGUUGCUCCGGCAUCCAGCCGGCCUUUACCUACUGUAACAGUUCAUCCACAAACUUCAUCUAGUUCUACCUGUGUGAGGGUUCCGCAAGAGUCACCGGCAUACGGGUACAGUUCACAAAAUGCUUAUCACAACGGGCAGCCUGGUCCGAGAUUCUCCGUUGCUCCACAGAUGAGUCAGAGACCUCAACAAAGACCACAAAUUUCCCAGGGUGGCCCCCCUCAGAUCUCAGCUGGCCCCAGACCCGCUGCAUAUCCGCAGUCACCUAUGCAGCCGUCGCCACCGCAGCACGUGCUUCAACAGCCUCUUCGUCCAGAACACCAGCCCGCCCCACGACCACACCAUCCUGUCCCGAUACGACCAGGCGCACCUGUGCAGAUGCGCUCUCCUCCCAACACGAUGAACCAGCAUGGAGUUGCCCAAGCCCAACAACAACCCGGUAUGGUACAUUACCAACAAGGGGCUGGACCCCCGAGACAAGUUGCUUCAGCUCCACCUUCUGUCGCACAACCUGGUUUCGCACAGGUACCAUUAAGAUCCCCGCAGCCGUCCGCGCCAGGUCUGCCACCAGGUGCAGGACAACCCCCUCAUAUCCCCUCUCCGACGCUGCGCGGAAAAGAAGCUCCUCCAAAACCCAGCGUGUCCAUAGCUGUGGUGACAAGCGGCAUCGUGUUGUCAUGGAACAUGCCUUUGGAGGACAAGCACGCACCCGUGAUGAACUACCAACUCUUUGCGCUGCAGGACGGAGGUACCACAGAGAACCCUCACCAGUGGAAGAAGAUAGGAGUCGUCAAGGCGCUGCCUCUUCCUAUGGCGUGCACGCUAACUCAGUUUCUACCCGGCAAUAAGUAUCACUUCGCGGUACGAGGGACGGACGAAUUGGGACGACUUGGACCAUUUAGUGACCCUUGCACUAUCACGCUGAAAUAAAUUGUCUCCGAACUAGGGACAAUGAUUCUGCAAGACGGCUUACGGCAGGCGACUGUGUCCCGAGGUUUCUGCGAAACUGAACCGCGAGUGAUGAAUCUUCUCGGACUCCGCUUCAACCAUUCGCUCUAAUGACUGUGUCUUCCAUACGACGACGCCGAUCAACUAAAGACACUCGUACAGUGCUAUAGUUGUCGUAUUUGAAAAUGAAACUAAAUAUAAGCUGGUUUGCGUAAUUUAACGUAGUCUUAUGGAGGAGAAGAUCGCAAGCUGACUGAAACGCAAGCAAUUUAUUUUAUUACAGGAAGGAUAUAUGCGUUGUCUGUAUUUCUAAGAUUCUGUUGGUUGCUAUUUUGUCUUUUUUGUUCGUAGUUACUUAUUAGAGAACGUCUUGGAAAUUGUUCAAAGCGACCGACAGUUCUUGAACUCUCCUUCGUGUUUUGACUAUGCUUUCGUUUUUUUUUUUCUUUUAUACGUUGUUUCGAAAUGAAAUUAAAAUAAACUAUUUUAGGUUCUACA